AUGUUUGCUUCCACAAAAUUCACCCCAACACCAAGAAAACUACAAAGAGAGAAAACUACAUUGUCCACAAACUCCGAUUCGGACAAAGAACCUGUUCAUGUUUAUUGCCGUUUAAGGCCUCUCAAAUCCAGUGACUCAGAUCAGCCCUCCAUGAAGUUGUUGUCUCCUAAUGAAAUAUCUGUUGUCACUGAAGCCAAGGGUAUCAGGAAGGAAAUGUGUUACAAAUUUAAACAUAUAUUCACAGCAUAUUCCACUCAGAAAGAAGUAUUCGAACAUUUAGCAUAUCCUUUAUUAGAGGACCUACUAAAAGGGAGGAAUGGCUUGUUAUUUUCUUAUGGAGUUACAGGCUCAGGAAAAACUUAUACUCUCACAGGAAAUCAAGAGAACCCUGGUAUUAUGCCACGUUGUAUAAACACAAUCUUCAAUUCAAUUGGAGAACUACAGGCACCAAAAUUUAUAAUCAAGUCAGACAGAAUGAAUGGCUUUGAAGUACAAACUGAGGAUGAUGCCCUUCAUGAUAGGUUAUCAGAAAUUCGGAACUUGGCAAGAACACCUAAGAAUCAAAAGAAAAUGAAUGAUGAUAAAACUGUUUUCUCAAAUGAGGGAUCAAGAAUUGCACUAAUAAAUGACAAUAGUUUGUUUGCCAUCUUCAUCACCUACAUUGAAAUUUACAACAAUAAUGUUUAUGAUUUACUGGAUGAAUCAGGUAAUGGCAAAAGUUUGCAAAAUAAAAUUCUAAGAGAAGACAGUCAGAGGAAUAUGUAUGUCAAUGGUGUAACAGAAGUGGAAGUCAAAAGUGCUCAAGAAGCAUUUGAAUUAUUCAGUGCUGGACAGAAAAAAAAGAAAAUGGCACACACCACAUUGAAUGCUGAAUCCAGCAGAAGCCAUUCUAUUUUUACUAUAAGAGUAGCACAACUAGAACAGGUGACUCUUAAUGAGGAUGGAAAACCAAUUAUCCCAGAAAAAAAUGUGCUGACUGUAUCACAAUUGAGUCUUGUUGAUUUAGCAGGAUCAGAAAGAACCAGCCGUACACAAAAUACAGGAGAUAGGUUAAGAGAAGCUAGUUGCAUAAACAACUCAUUGAUGAGCCUGAGAACUUGCAUGGAGAUUUUGCGUGAAAAUCAGCGCACCAGAGCAAACAAAGUUGUACCGUACCGUGAUAGUAGAUUGACCUACCUCUUCAAGAAUUAUUUCGAAGGUGAUGGUACAGUACAAAUGAUAGUUUGUGUCAAUCCCUCCUACAAUGAUCUAGACGAAAACCUUCAUGUCCUGAAGUUCGCUGAAAUUUCUCAGGACGUGAAAAUAACCAAAUUUAAACCUCAGCAAACUCCUCUUAGUAUUAAAAAAACAAUAAAGAAAAGGGCAACCCCAGCCAAGAUCAAAACAAAGGCUCUAUUUUCUGUGCUACCUGAAAUCCCAUUUAUCAAAUUCGACUUCAGCAACGUGGAGGAAUGUGGCUUGCAAAUUGAUAAGGUCAUCAAGAGCCUUGAAUUCUGCAAACCAAAAAUAAGCGAGCUCGUUGCGGAGAUCGACAAGACAGAUCAGAGUUUCAGAAAGAGGCUUGUUGAUAUGGAGAAUGAUAAUGUGCAAAAGACCCUACAAGCAAACAGCUACGACCACCAGCUACAAAAGCAGAAACAAAAAAAUAACAAUCUUGUGACGAAAAUAACCCAUUUGGAAUCGUCCUGUGGCAGUUUAGAGGCCAAGAACAAAGAGCUUGAAGGAGUCAUUUGUUCUCUGCAUAACAUGAUCGAUGAGAAAGAUCUGAAAUUGAACCAAAAAAUUCUAGACAAGGAAAAGCAAAAACAAAAGUCAGCAUUGGCUAAUGAGAGGAAGAAUCAGGAGCUGGAAAGUAAGUUGAGGAAACAGCGGGAACACUUCCAUGCUAAUAUGAGGGCGAAGGAAAUAAAAUUGAGGAUGGUCAAGGAAGCACUGGAUGCUGAAAUUGUUGUCAGUCCCAUGGAAGAGCAGGUCGAAAAUAUACCACCCCCUACCCCAAAAACUCCUGAAAGUUCUAGGAGGAACUUGACUACUCAAACUCACUCUGCAAGAAGAAGAAGGUCAAGGUCAACAGAUGGGGUAUGGCUGGAACACAAUGCUAUAAAACCGGUUCCCUUAGGAACGGUUAUGCAACCGACCAUGAAAAAACGCAAAUCCGUGUCGAAGCUGACCAAAGCGACGGACGUGACCAAUUCCAAGCAAACCAAGUACUGUUUGGUCGCCCAAGAACAAGAUGCAGACGGUGAAGUUGAAACCAAGUUGUAUAAAGGCGAUAUAGUGCCGACUUGCGGCGGAGGGGCACAAGUAAUAUUCAAUGAUGUGGAACGUUUGAGGCAGGAGUCGCCUACAAGGGAUGAUUGA